UGCGGUGUCUUCGCCCUCCCCAGGCCGCCAGGAUGGACGUGUUCAUGAAGGGCCUGUCCAUGGCCAAGGAGGGCGUUGUGGCUGCCGCUGAGAAAACCAAGCAGGGGGUCACGGAGGCCGCGGAGAAGACCAAGGAGGGCGUCCUCUACGUCGGAAGCAAGACCAGAGAGGGAGUGGUACAAGGUGUGGCCUCAGUGGCUGAGAAAACCAAGGAGCAGGCAUCACAUCUGGGAGGAGCUGUUUUCUCUGGGGCUGGGAACAUCGCGGCAGCUACAGGCCUGGUGAAGAAAGAGGAGUUCCCCACUGACCUGAAGCCAGAGGAAGUGGCCCAGGAAGCUGCUGAGGAGCCACUAAUUGAGCCCUUGAUGGAGCCAGAAGGGGAGAGUUAUGAGGAACCACCGCAGGAGGAGUAUCAGGAAUAUGAGCCAGAGGCCUAAGGGACCAGGACGGCCCCCCACCAGCAGCACAAUUCCUUCCCUGUCCCUGCCCCACCCCCCAGAGCCAGGGCUGUCCUUCUACCCUUUCCCCCAAAAACACGAGAUCUUCCUUCUCCGAGGCGCCCCCUUGGAGCCUGUGUCAGUGUCUGUCCAUCUGUCUGUCAUACCCACCCGAGUCCAACCCUGGGGUAUGGACUGGGCCGGGGCUUCCGCCACGGCUAGGAAUCUCGUCCCACCAUUGUGGCCCCUUCUGGUCCCACCCUGUCCAGUGUCUGCGCGGAUGUAGCAUGUUCUAUGUAUUUUUAAACGAAGAUAGGAAAGCGAUGGCUCCUCCAACACCCGCGACAGAGGCUCUCCGAGGGGCUCCCGGGCAGCCCCAGAGCACCCCACCCGACUCCCACUUCGACCCAAGAACUUUUUUUUUUCAAAACCAAAACCAGGAGCCAGGCUGCGCCAUGCCCCUCCCUUAGCCGGCCCGGUCCGAGCACAGGCGACGUGUGUUGUGAUUGUGGCAUGGAGAGUCCCCCACCCCACCUCAGUGUGAGCGUGUCCCGGGCGGGCGGGCCCGGCCGCCCCCGCGUGUGUCCAUGAAUAAAGCCAAUCUGUCUGUAGCCAGCGCUGCAUGGGCAGGGCUGAGCGCCUGAUGGCGGAGGCAGGUGGGCUUCCGGGCCCUGGAGUGGCCCUCUGCCCUUUGGGAUCUGGCACACUGGACCCAGGCACAGGACUGGCUGCCGGGACCCCGAUUUAUGCGUCUUCUCUUCGCCCCUGCCCAAGACCUGGAGGUUAGAGGAGGGUGCCCCCUGGGUUGGGACGCACAGUUGACUGGGAGGCGGAAAGGUGGCUCGCGGCGCCACCUGCUGGGCUGUAACGCAAUUACUGGAGGUACAAGGCCAUGGGAAGCACAGCGCCGCAAAGGCAGGGGGACGCGCGUGCAAGUAGGCAGGCCCUCACGCGCGAACCCGCGUGUACGUACCCCCGGCCAGCUCACAUGUGCACACGCGUGCAGACACGAGCGCUCUCUUAGCUGUACAUGCGCCUCGGAGAAGCCUUCAGAAAUCAGCUGUGCUUUUACACGCAGAGCUUUUCCCGCUGCAGAACGCGUACACAUGCAGGCCUUCACCCACACCUGCCCAAAGCAGAAAAAUUCGGCAAAGGGGAGUGGAAGUGGGUCAAUCCUCCAGAAGAGGACAGAGCUCUGGCAUGCAGUGUUCUACUCCUCCCAGAAGGGCGCCUGAAAGUUUGAGUUCUCCCCGAAAUGGGUCUGCAGACAUCCAGGAAGGCGUCCAGGAACCUUGAGCAGACCAGGACCGGCACUAGGGGGCCCCCAAUACCGCCUCAGAAUGAGGAAGAAAGAGGGGAGUGAUCCUGUGGGUUCUGCGCAGAAGCCCCGCCCCCGGCAGAGGAAAACUCUGCUUUUAUUGGCUCAGAAGCUCCGAGCCCCGCCCCGAUUUGGGCAGCGCCCCUGCCCUCUUUCGCUGCAGCGGCCCUGACCCUGACAUGCAGGAGUCAGGCAGGGCUUUGCGGCAGAGGCCCCCAGCCUCUCCUGCGAAGUCCCGCCCACUUUUGUGCUUUAGCCCUAGCUCAGUUCUGAGCCAAAGCCCAAGCCUCCACCUUCAGCCCCAAAGCUGGAAGAUGCUUGCUCUAUUUAACCCCACCUCCAAGCAUCAGUGCCUCCUUCUCCCCGGGAUCAUCCGAGGCGAUUCCAAUCCUGGAAAGGCCUUGAGCACGGCGGGAGACCAGUAUGCAAGGGUCACCUUGGCCUGCAGUGUGUGGGGGGGUUAUUUCUAGAAGCACCUGGCAGAUGGGAGGGAGGGAGAGACAGAGAGAGAGAGUGUGUGUGUUUCUGCGUUUAGAGAGAACAGGUGGGUUUGGAUUCUCUAGCUCAAGUGAAUGAGGAUUGAAGGAGCUUGAAAUCCCUUUGGGCUGAUUUAAGUCUCUAUGUGCAACUCCUGAGGGAUGGCGAACUCAUGACCCUCGGGCUGAAUAGGGCUUCUAGAUGCAUUUCAUUUGCUAGCACCAGGUUUUAAAUUUUUAAAAUCUGAAUACCUUUGGGCUGUGCAUUCCUUUUCCAGUUGGCCCCUGUCCCUUCGUCCCUUUCCCUCCUUACUAUAUUACACCUAUCCACUUAUUUCAUUUUCACGAACUGCCUGCCCUGUAGAGUUUGUGACUUCCAAUCCAACAACUGCACCUGAUACCCAUUUUUAGAUGCCAAAACCAGGUUUACCACCUGGCCUGAGGGGAGAUUUAUUACUACUUCUCUGGUGCCAAGCCCUACACCUGGCCCCACUGAGAAUGGUUCUGCACAGAGGGCAGCGUUCUCAUCUGCCAGGACCGCUUUAAAUGCAUUCCAGGCACAGGCCCAGAAGUGUCAGCAGAAGACGUCAGCCCUGUGUCAGAUGGUAGUGUAGCCCACACAGCUCACGGGCUCCUCCCACGUGACAGGCAGGGGGCCAUUUCCCAAGUGACCAGUAUAUCCCAGGCAUGUGGUGCUUAUCACUACUAAUUUCGCUUGAAACUGACUUCAAGGGUUCCUUGUUGUGAGGCCCAGUUUAUAGAUGAGGAGACGCAGGUUGGAGAGGCAUAGCUACCUGCCCUGGUCACAUUGCUAGGAAGUGGCAAAGGCCACAGUGAGCCCCAGGACUGACUGCAAAGGCCAACACCUUUGGAAUUUCCAAAACAAGCAUUUUCUCUCUUUGAGGACAGACAAACAAAUGAAGCACACCCACAAUAGGAAAACAUGGUGAAGCAGCAACGUGAAAAUUACACACACUUGUGCAAUACCAUGAAGAUGGGGAGCAACAUUGUGUGUUUGUGAAUUUGAGCUGUGUGCACACGCACUUGUGGCAUGGGCAUGUGUAUCUGCUAUGUCUGUAUCUGUGAUCACGUGUGUACACAGAUGUUGCCCAUGUGUGUCGUAUGCAUGCACUUAGUCACCGGACAAUGUGUGUUACACAUCUGCUCUGUCUUAGAAGUGAGUGAUGUGAGGGAACAGUCCUGCAGGCUGAUGCUCUGUCAGCUCACCUCCCAUUGAUCAUAAAAUGAUGAACAAGAUGAUUGCAAGUUUCAUGACGAACAUAAGAAAGAGCAAUGUGGUAGAGUCCUAGGGAGAGAGGCAGUGAAAAGCAACAUUAAAAUAAGGUGGCUGGGCCAGGUAUCUGAGGGGGUGAGGCAGAACUGGAACUGAAAAGAAAGAGGGCAGAGUGGGGACAUCUUUAGAAGACCAAGUGUUGCAGGUGGAGGAGUGCCCACUUCUGGGUUUGUGUGCAAAAGUGUGCAACCAAUGAGACUGAGGCUUGUCAGGGGCCUUCAGAGGUCUGUGCACUAGGUCCACCCUGACUGGCCCCUAAUUUCUCUUCCUUUGCUUGUGUUCUUUCCUUCAUCGAGACAAGCUGCCCUCAACUCUGCCUGUUUAAAUCUUUCCUUCUUGCCACUGCUCAGUGGACCAGAGCAACUUCUCACCACCCUUCCCUUCUCUUGUUCGGAUGCACACAGAAACCCUCUUCCCACCCAUGUCAGCACCCGGAGGCCUUGCUGGGUGGCUACCUGGAGAAUUGCCCUCCCCUUGAUGAAAGACUGGAGGCCGUCCUCGUGUCCCCACUGUUCAUCUGUCUACCUACCCCCACUGCCCAGUAAUGCAGCUUCCUGGCUUUCUCUGGAACUUUAUUUUUGUUUUCUCCCUUCCCUAUUUAUAGCUCUCUCCCCUCCAAACCAUCCCUGCAUCUAUCCUGUUGCCUAGAAACAAGCUCUGGGCUGAGGGUGGGGGAAGGCCAGACGGAGCCCUGGCAGGGAGAAAGGAAAAUAUGUCACCCACCCCCUCUCUCGGCAGCCCCCCCACCGGCUCCCAGAAGCCCGCUGUGCCCUCUGCCCAUCACCCAUGGAUGUUUUUUAAAGAAUAAAACAAAAUGUGAAAAACA